AUGUCGUCUCCUCGGACAUCACUUUCAGCCAAUUCUCGCCCAUCUACGCCUUCGAAACCAGCGCGCCUCGACGACUAUUUAGGCCUCUCUCAUCCACCAAGUGCCCAGAAGACCUGUAUAGUCAAGCCUCUCUCAGUGAAAGUUGAGGAUGGUCCCGAUGGAUCUGUAGCUGGCUUCGUCCAUCUACCACCAACAACUUCAGCAACGCCAGCUUCGAAAACGGCAGCAAUACUCCUCUCAGGUGCUGGAGGUGGUGUAGUAGGCCCGGCAUCGAUAUAUAUUUCCUUGGCAGACAAGUUGGCCGCGCUGAAGCAGCCAGUGCCCGUAUUGCGGCUUGAUUAUCGAUAUCCCGCGCGGAACAAGUACUGUGUACGAGAUGUCCUGGCAGCUAUGAAAGAGUUGGAAUACGCGUAUCAAGUCAAGAGUUUUGUUCUUGUAGGCUGGUCGUUUGGCGGCGCGCCGGUCUUCACAGUUGGUGGAGAGGAUAAGCGCGUAGUCGGGUGCGCGACUGUGGCCAGUCAAACAGCUGAGACUGAGGGCAUUCGGACACUUGCGCCAAGACCGCUGUUACUUCUUCAUGGCACAGGCGAUCGGACUCUAAGUCCAUGGUGCUCGGAGAAAUUGUACGAGAUGUAUGGUACCAAAGGUGAUCGGGAAUUGAAGCUGUUCGAUGGAGACGAUCAUGCAUUAACAAGGAAUGCACUCGAAGCCGAGCAACUAAUCGGCGGCUUCAUCCUUAGAUGCGCGGGUCUUGAUCCGCAUGCCAAUGCUCAUGGUCUUUCUGAGAGACUCGUUGGAGAUGAAGAGAGGGUGGAGUUGAUGAGAAAGGGCGGUGACUUGCGACGUAAUGAGAGCGUAGACUAG